AAGUGCGAGUACUUCAAUGCUGGGGGGAGCGUGAAGGAUCGAAUCGCCCUGAGGAUGGUGGAGGAUGCCGAAAGAGCUGGGAUCAUAAAACCCGGAGACACGCUCAUUGAGCCAACAUCAGGAAACACAGGAAUCGGACUGGCCCUCGUUGCUGCAGUGAAAGGCUACCGCAGCAUCAUUGUGUUGCCAGAGAAAAUGAGCAUGGAGAAGGUUGAUAUACUAAGGGCUCUUGGUUCUGAGAUUGUUAGGACUCCAGGCGCCAAGUUUGAUUCCCCUGAGUCUAAUGUUUCUGUUGCUCAGAGGCUGAGAAAUGAAAUCCCGAACUCCCACAUUCUGGACCAGUACCGAAAUCCCGGCAACCCGAUGGCUCAUUAUGACACCACCGCUGAGGAGAUCCUGGAGCAGUGCGAAGGCAAGGUCCACAUGGUCGUGGGUGGAGCUGGCACAGGAGGUACCAUCACUGGCAUUGGCAGAAAGCUGAAGGAGAAGUGCCCGGAAUGCAAAAUUGUUUGUGUAGAUCCCGAAGGCUCCAUUGUCGCUCUGCCCAGUGAGCUGAACACAGCAGAGGACGCAACCAUGGAAGUAGAGGGGAUUGGACAUGACUUUAUCCCAACUGUCCUUGACAGAUCAGUGGUGGAUCUGUGGUGCAAGUCCAAUGACACGGAUUCCUUUCUCAUGGCUCGCAGGCUGAUUAGAGAGGAAGGAUUAUUGUGUGGGGGCAGCUCUGGCAGCGCAAUGGCCAUUGCUGUGAAGGCUGCCAAGGAUCUGGCGGAGGGUCAGCGCUGUGUUGUCAUCUUGCCCGACUCCGUCAGAAACUACAUGUCCAAGUUCUUGAAUGAUAGGUGGAUGGGCAAGAAUGGAUUUCUAAAAAAUAUCCAGGAACAUAAGCCUUGGUGGUGGAAUGUCAAGGUGCGGAAGCUGAAUCUCUCGGCCCCUCUCCUUCUUGUCCCAGAGGUCAACUGUCAAAAGGCAAUCGAAAUCCUCAAGGAGAAGGGCUAUGCCCAGGCACCAGUGGUUGCUGAAUCUGGUCACAUUUUGGGAAUGGUGACUCCCAGUAACAUCCUCUCCUCAGUGCUGGCUGGAAAUGCUCAGUUCUCGGAUCCAGUCAUCAAGGUCAUCAAUGACCAGUUUUCAAAGAUUAGCCUGGAUGACAACCUUGGAAACCUCUCUAAUAUCCUGGAGGAUGAUCAUUUUGCUAUAGUUGUACAUGAACAGUUGCAAUACAUUGGAGAUGGCAGUUACACCAAGAAACAGAUGGUGUUUGGAAUGGUGACGGCCCUGGAUCUCCUGAACUUCAUUACCCGAAAGGACAAGAGCCAGCAACAAAGAGUUGCUUCACCAAGAGGCUCUGUUGCCUCAGAUGAAUCUGAAAUAAGCCACUGACGGUUUUUCAAAAUGACAAGGCUAAGAUUUUAAUUGACUAAUCCUUGGUCCCAUACGCUUGAUUGCAUCCAAAAUGACGUCAAAGGAAUCUGUGGUUCAGGAUGAUCUGACUAAAGAACAAAGUUUAAUUAAAAUAAGCAGUUAUAUUGAGAUAACAUUACAGCACAACACUGGGGGGGAUGGUGAGGGGGUUAAUAUAUGGGUCUUAUUGCACAGAUUUUAUAAGACUUGUCUCUUGCUGUUUUCAUGGUUAAUUAACACCUUCUCCCACUUCAUGAGGCACAUGAUUAUGGCUGGGGCUGGAGCCAGCCUUCUCCCACAUUUCACCCCUGGCUGGGGGAAACCCCUGCUGAUUGGUUGCCUUCCCCAAUCGCCACCCUUCUGAGGAAGAGCAGCCAAUCAGAUCUGCUGCAGGCAGAGUUUCUCUUUCCCUCCCUUCAGGGGCAGACCCCUUUCUUACAGGAAGGGAGAAGGGAGCAAGCAGGACCCAGCAGGUUAGGCCAGCUCUGCUUCCUUUCACUCCAGUGAACAAUGGGAUGGCUCCUCUGCUCCUCCCCCAUCUGCCCUCCAUCCCUGCUACACCUGGCCUGGGAAGGAGAAGAGGCAACCCUGCAGCAGCCCCCACACCAGGGCCUGGGAGAGAGGAGUGAAGACUCUCAGGAGCUAUAGAAAGAGCAGAGGUGAGGUUGGUGGGGCUGAAUUGAUGUGGGGGCUCAGGGAAUGGGCAGAACCGAUGCAGGAGCUGCCAGGGGGCAGGAUUGAUAUGGGAGUUGAAGGGCAGGAUUAUUUGCUGAACAAGGGUUGUGCAGAUGGGGAGGGGAAAGCUCCUGCAGCAAAGGCCAAAAUCCCCUUACCCAGGACCUUUUGGGGGAGUGGCCAGCACUAAUUGUCACCUAGACACACUGGGGAUGGACAGGGGGAUCCCCAAACUGAAAAGACAGCCCAAAAACACAAUGUAAUCUUUUCUUUUAAAAAAAAAAUCAUGAUUUUGGGGCCAAUUAAUUAUUUUUGGUUUCCGAUGUGAUUUUUGAAGCUUUGGAGUCCAUUCCAAGAGCUGUUAGCAGAGCUCAGAACAGCCACACCGAAGGAACUAAGUGCACAGCAAGAGAAGAGUAAACAAAUGAAAUCACUUUUGCAGCCCAGUUUAGGGAAAUAGGCACAAUUGCUUCAGGCAUGUGCUGUGGGCAGUUUGAGAGAGGAGCAACUACUUUCAGUUUUAGCUUUUCCUAAGCGACAAGUCUGUGUUUUUAAUCGAAUCUGGUAUGUACAAGGUUUUUGAUAAAUGAUAAAGUAUUUAUGGUUAGGAAUGGUGUCUGCUGCUUUUUGUUUGCUGAGUUAUUCGCAAUACAUCAAGUCUUUUGCAAGUAUUUGGGUAAGUGUUUGUUCACGUCUGGUUUUUGGCCAGAAAAGCAGACCACCCCAAUAAACUGUCCUCUUACUAGAGCUAGACCUGGAAAUCUCAGGAGAAGCUUUGCAGACUCAGGAAGUUCAGACAGUUUGGGAAGGUCUCCACACCAAACCCAAGCUGUUCACUAUCACUAAGGGAAAACCAUUGAGCGGGGACGGGAGCGGAGAGGAGGGGGAACAACAAAAAGUGAUAAAGUCUCUCUCCCUAAACCAGAGAGGGAAUCCUGAAGAACAAUGUUUGUUACCUGGAUGGAGACUUAGGGCUUGUCUUCAUCUACAGCGGUGUAGUUAAUCCACCUCCCCGACAGGCAGUAGCCAUAUUUUCCACACCCGUGAGUGACGUGGUUAUACCGACAUAAAUUGAUAGCAUAGAUCUUACCCUUACUGAACUGAAGGAACCUCGCCUUUGAUUUCAGAGAAGACAGAAUCAGGCCCUUGCUGGUGGAUUUUUUUUUUAAAUUCAUCCAGAGAAUAGUUUCAUAAAUUGAGAGAAAAAAAAUCAACAAAUUAAUCACAUGAACAAGAACUUUUCAGUAGGAAAGAGUGCGGCUGGCUGUAUGCGUGUGCGUGUGAGAGAGAGAUGACAUUUUCCAUUUGCUGUUUGUCCAGCAGCACACGAGGUUCUGAUAGCUGCAAGAAAUUGUCUGUGUUAUAUAUAUAUGAAGAAAAAGCAUUGUAUUUUAUAUGACUGUGUACUCGAACAAAAACAAAUGCAAUAUUUAAAACAAAAUAUAGUUAAUUAUUUAUUUGAGAGGGUUUUGCCCCUUUCGGACAAGAUCUGAAACAGAGCUCAGAGGCCUGAGUCAUUUGUGGUCAUUAAAGAAUCCAUGGAAUGUUUUGCAGGAGUAAUGGGGGGAUUGUUAACUCUGUGUGUUGGCCAUAUUCCAA